AUCUAAUAAAUGUAAAUUACAGAGAUUUUCUUGAAACAGUCUUAUUUUCAUGUUGAGAAAUGGAGGAGGAAACAAAUCGCCCAAAAUGGUUGUUGGAAUUGGAAAAUCGUAAGCGUAAGCCACGUUUAGCGCACGAAGCUGGAGCUGGUGCACCAUGCAUGAAUUGUAAUUCCGCAUGCCCUGGUCUUGACCUGCAUUUUUGGCGAAAAAUUUGCAAGAAUUGCAAGUGCAGUCGGGAUGAUCAUGAUGUCGCUGAUGAUGAGUUUCCACAAUUUGAUCUCCUAUUUGGAUCAAGUGGAAAAUUUAAGAAAAUAGCUACACGUUUGCAAGUAAAUAAUAAGAAACAAAAUGAUGGUGAAAGUACAUUCGAGUGGGUGCCACCGGAUACAACUAAAGAACUUGCUGUAGAUUAUAUGAAAGCUUUGCCUGUAGAGAAGCUGCCAAUCAAAGGAUCUGUUGGUGCUAUUUUAAGAAGACAAUUAUUACAGAAACAACUGCCGCUUCAUGAUAUCGAUUAUAAAAUUUGCGAUCAACUUAGCGAAGAAGAGCAGAAACAAUUUAAAAAGUACUUGGAGGAUAUAAAGAAAUAUGUAGGACAAGGCAAAGUAAUGAAGAUAUUGAGUGCCCGUCCAUUCGAUCGUUCUCUCACAACACCUGUCAAUGCAACCGAUAUGCAAAGAUACAGUCCGCAACAUAAAGCUCAUAUACCUUCGGCUAGUGCUCAAUUACGUAUACCAAGUAGCUUUGCAAUAAAAUGUCCAUAUGCGAGGCAUUCGCAUGAUAUUCAAAAUAAGCAGGAUAUUACUACAGCUACGAAUAAUAAAGAGACGUAUAGUACAGAAGGGUAUAAUUGUUCGCUGAACAAUGUGUCUGUCAACAGUAAUAUUGUGAAAUCGCAACCAAUCCAAAGAAAAUUGAUUUAUGAAAAUUUUCAGCAUGCAAAUGAUACCAUAUCGGUAAAUGAAAAGGAUAUAAAUAGCAAAAUAGUUAACGAUUCAAUCUUUACUCAUCUCGCCGAACAAGAAAUUGUAUCCACUCGCGAGAAGCAUAUUUCUGGAAAUUAUGUACCUUAUAGAGAAAGAAAAAAUGCUUUUGAGAAGCUUGGAGAAACAUUGAAUGAUACGACAUUGUGUGACAUUACAUGUUCGGACGUUACCAGUGAAACAGCUCUCAUUGCGGAAUCUCUAUUAGCGGACGCGCUUCUUCCACCUAGUGCGAUCCACGCUAACGAUAUUAUCGGAAGUACAUUGGGCGAGAAAGAAUUGACGUUUAUAAGGGAGAAACUCACCGAUAAAUAUAAUACGACGGAGAAUUCAAUGAUGCACGGUGCUUCUAAAUUAUCUAAACCAUUAGAAGCGAAUGACACGUUACAUUUGCGUAGCGGCAGAAUCGGCAUUAAAGAGAAUAAUUUCGCAGGCACCGACAAGUGUGUGGAGAGAGCAAAUAUUAUAGCUACUAUGAAAAAUCCUGCGGGAAGUCCCGCGGGUAGGACGGAAAUGAGUGCUUCGCUAGAAGCGGAGAAAAGAACAUAUAAACCUCUAUCUCAAAUAAUCGAAUCGACCAUUAUACCUGCUGGUAUUCGUGCACAAACGAACGAACAAAAACGAUGCGGCUUCUUAACAAAUGACAAAGCGGUGAAUAAUAAUUCGUUGGUAACGGAGACACCUAAAACUGUAACGGAAAGCACCCCUGAUUUAACAUUAAACAACUGUAAUUUCAUACAUUUCGCUGCUCCUAUAUUGAAUUUGUCGGCGCAAACUAUUCCGCAAAAUUCUGCAAGUGAUGCAAAAUCGAGUCGGUUGCAGACAGAAUUGAAUAGUUCGAUCUUGCAAUCAGCUGUCAUACAUUCCGAACAGUUGCAAAAUCAAGUGUUCCCCCACGUCGUCGGAGGCUUCGAUGAACAAGGCAUCCAGCACACUCAGCCUACGGAUUAUCUGAAAGAUGCCAUGGAAAAUUUAAAGGUAGACUCUAAGGAGAUGCACAAGUGUGAAAAAUGCCAUGAGAAUAUACGCGUUGGCGAUGUAGCCGUAACCGCGGAGAAGGCUAAUAAUGCAUUCUGGCAUCCCGGCUGUUUCGUUUGCUCGGUAUGCGAUGAACUGUUGGUAGAUCUAGUAUAUUUUUAUUACAAGAAUAAAUUGUACUGUGGAAGAGAUUUGGCCGCAUCUUUAAGAAUUCCCCGAUGUUUCGCUUGCGACGAGUUGAUCUUUGUGCGAGAGUACACGGUUGCGGAAGAACAUAAUUAUCAUGUGAAACAUUUUUGUUGCUGGGACUGUGACGUGCCAUUGGCUGGACAAAAAUAUAUUAUUGAAAACGAUCGACCGUUAUGUCUUCCUUGUUAUCAAAGAUCAUAUGCAAAAACAUGCGCUGCCUGUAACAUAGCGAUUGCCGCAGACCAGCAAGGAGUAGCUAUAAAAAAUUUAAACUUUCACGCAACUGAAAUCUGCUUUUGCUGCUACAGUUGUAAGAGGAAUUUAUUGAACGGCAGAAUGGCGAUAAAAGAUGAUAAAUUGUUUUGUAGUAAAGAAUGCAUCAUAAAGUUUCUUAAUAAAAAUAAAGAAUUUACUAUCUUUUGACACAUACUAUACAUUUUAUUUUUGUCAUAAAAAUAAUAAUCACGUAAAUUCAUUAUGAGAAUACGAGAAUAUGAGAAACAUAAAAUAUUAAAAUAUAAUUAUGUGCCAUUAA